UCUCUCUGUCUCUCUCCUCUUUCUCUAUUGAAUUAUCACCCUCCUCUCUCUCUCUCUCUUUCUCUCUCAAUUGCACAAUUACUACCCUAUCUUUCCCCUCUUCAGUUUCAAUAUAUUAAGCCCAAACCCUUGCCCUCUCUCUCUUUCUCUCUCAGAUCCAGAAUUAUAACACCCUUUUUCUCUCUCUUUGCCUGUCUUAAAUUACUUUCAGGGAUUCCCUUCAUCAUCUAGUGAUUCUUCACUGAUAUGAAGAAGUAGCCAGGUAAGUUGCACUAGAGAGAGAAAGAGAAGAGAUAGAAAGAGAUGAAUCAAGGGAUGUUUCAGGGUGAUGAAGGGUUGGUCACAUCGAGCAUGGGUUUUCAAGGCCAUGAGCCAACGAGUUGGGGUCUCUCCGGAAAUGGGUACCAUGGUUUGUUCAGAGCCAUGAAUGGGUUAUCAGCCAUGGCUCCUCCUCUAAUGCUCGAUGCUAAUGGCGAAGGUGAGAGUGGGUGCAAUCUGUUCACUGUGGCUCAGAGUAAUGGAGCCAUUGGGCCUGCACCUUUGCAGAAGAUGAAGACCUCUCUGUGGUCAUUGGGGGAGGAGGAAGGUUUGGGUUGCAGAAGGGCAGCAAGUGAGGAUCAUUUGGGAGCUUCGGCAAUAAAAAUGAAGAAGGUGAAGGUGAGAAGAAAGGUUAGAGAGCCAAGGUUUUGCUUCAAAACCAUGAGUGAUAUCGAUGUCUUGGACGAUGGCUACAAGUGGAGAAAGUAUGGCCAGAAAGUCGUCAAGAACACCCAGCACCCCAGGAGUUAUUAUCGUUGUACCCAAGACAAUUGUCGUGUGAAGAAGCGAGUCGAGCGAUUAGCAGAGGAUCCACGAAUGGUGAUUACAACUUAUGAAGGAAGACAUGUACAUUCACCAUCUCAUGACACUGAGAACUCUCCAACUUCAUCCCAUAUUAACUUCUUUGGUUAGUUUAUCUCUGUCCCUAAUAUACUGAAAUGUGUCUCUGUCAAAUUGUCACAUAAUGAUCUUUUAUCCCCUAUGUGAUGAUUUGAAAUAGCCUCAGAUGAAGGUAUAAUAAAGGUGAUUAGGCAAAUGCCUUGAUCAUUCAGGUUUAAUUGAAGCUUUAAUUGCCCACUUGUAGCAUGGAAUGUAUUUGUGGAAACGUAAAACUUUGCUACUUCAACAUAUAUGUAUAUGUAUAAAUAUUGUAUUGAGAUUUCAUAUCUUCAUUAAUGUCAUUGUAUUUGGUAUGUGAUGU